AUGAGUGAAGUAAGAAGAUGUAGAAGAUGUAAGAGAAAGAGAAUGGAUGAUGAACCUCCAGAGGUUAAACAAUAUAAGACUUGUGCCAAAUGUAGAAUUAUCGAAAGACAAAAAAAGAAAUCCAGAAAACCUUUGGCUGAAGAAACUGUUUUAUAUGGAAUGAAACAAUUCCAACAACAAAACCAAAAUACUUCAUUCUUAAAAGAUGAUUUAGAUUACGAUUCUUAUUCCAAAUAUGAUAGUUAUGGGAACCAGAAGUAUCAAUACUCCUACCAAUAUGAUAACAAUACUCCCACUUAUCCAAGUACUCAAACAACCGCCACAACCAAUUCUAUUACUAAUAUCCCCCAAACUUAUAAUUUAAACUAUCAAAUGGUAGCACAAAAGAUCUUACCUUUACAAUCCAGUAACUUGCCCAAUGAUUUACCUGUUAACUGUGAUAUCUGUGAUAAAAAAUUGGACCCUAAUGAUGAAUUAACCAUUACUUACAAAUUAUGUAUCGAUUGUUAUUCUAAUCCUUUCAAAUUAUUCAAUGUGUUUGAAGAUUUCAAUGAAUUCUUAUCAAAGAUUAAUGAUAACAAGAGUCAGAAGAUAUUAAAUUAUAUCUUUAUCAAGGAAAUCGAUAAGAACUUCAUCGAUAAUUUGAAUGGAUUCGUUAAUGAUUAUAAAUUCAAAGAAAAUAUCUUGGAUAAUUUAUGUAAGAUCUAUAUCGAACCAAUUAUCUCAUCAGUGGAUUAUAAAUUUGUUCCAAUUUCAUCCAAUUUGAAUGAAAGAUCAAGUGAAAGAAAAACCAUCAAAGCUUUCUAUAAAUGUUCAGAGGAAAUCAAUGAUAAGUUAAAUUGUCAUUCAAAUUUGUUCUUAGACUAUAAUUUAACUACUAAUAUCUUAAAGAUCAAAUUCAAUCACAAUAAUCAUAAUUAUUUCCAAGCGUUGUCAGAAAAAUUUGUGAAAUACUUGAAAUCCUUAAUUGAAGAAUUAUCAAUAGGAGAAUUUAAUGAAGAUUCAGGUAAGAAAGUAUGGGAUAAUUUAAACAAUGAAGAAUUCAAAGAUACUAUCAGUGAACUUAAGAAGGAAGAAUUCGUUAGUAAUUUUGGAUCGUUUAACACUGUAGCUGUAUAG